AUGUCUCCCUCUGCGGUGGAAAUAGAUAAGCAGGGUCCCCCUGGAGACUCUCUGGGUUUUCUGCGCGAAAAUGCCACUGCGUUGAAAGCCUCGACGAAUGGAGCCGCGACCACUCCAUCACCGGAACCAGCAGGCCAACCUGUCUCGACAAGUACAAGAACUCAUGAAGAACAUCAAUACCUCAAUCUGAUCCGAGAUAUCCUCUCUCGUGGCGAACACCGACCGGACCGAACAGGAACCGGUACGCUCUCGCUCUUCGCUCCUCCUCAACUUCGCUUCAGCCUGUCACGUCCCGAUCCUGCUUCGCCCACCGCUGACAGAAUACCCAUCCUUCCUCUCCUCACCACUAAACGCGUCUUCCUACGUGCCGUGACCACCGAGUUGCUGUGGUUUGUGUCAGGCUGCACAACGUCAAAACCUCUGUCGGAAGCAGGUAUCCAUAUUUGGGACGGGAAUGGCUCUCGAGAAUUCCUCGAUAAGCUGGGAUUUGUUGAUCGCGAGGAAGGAGACCUCGGCCCUGUUUACGGAUUCCAAUGGCGCCAUUUCGGAGCAGAGUACAAGGAUUGCCACACAGAUUACACGGGCAAAGGCGUGGACCAGAUCAAAGAGGUGGUACGAAAACUGAAGACCAAUCCAUACGACCGACGGAUUAUCCUGAGUGCAUGGAAUGUAGCGGAUCUGUCCAAGAUGGCAUUGCCGCCUUGUCACAUGUUUGCGCAGUUUUACGUCAGUUACCCCGACGCGCCUCGAGGCGAGGCAGCGCUCAAACUGCUGAGCAAUGGAUCGGAGGCCAAUGGGAAAGAGCAGGAAACAAAGGGCCGCCUUUCCUGUGUGCUGUACCAGCGAUCCUGCGAUAUGGGACUCGGGGUGCCUUUCAACAUCGCCUCAUACGCGCUACUGACACACAUGCUGGCUCACGCAUGCGAUCUUGUGCCGGGAGAGCUGAUCCAUACCAUGGGGGAUGCGCACGUGUAUCUCGACCAUAUCGACGCCUUGAGAGAGCAAUUACUCCGUGAGCCGCGAGAAUUCCCGACCCUGAACAUCAGGCGGGACGAUAGGGGAAGCGGCGAAAUGGACGGCUGGAAAAUCGAAGAGCUGGAAGUCGUAGACUACAAACCACACGGCGGGAUCAAGAUGAAGAUGAGUGUAUGA